AUGUUCUCUACAGAAUCAGCUCCACCAUCUCACGGUCAUUCGCUGCGCCCAAAGCGUUCGCGACGAGCUGGCUCUGACGACUCCCUCAAACUCCCACGUGCAAAACGAAGAAGGUCUGCUCUUCGGAGAGAUACUUUUGAGCCACUUAGCGACUUGAGCCCCAACGAGGUCGCAGUCAGCUCAAAUGGCAGCAUUUUGAUGAAUGGUCAUGCUCCAGAGGACAAAUAUGAACACGAUGGCGCUUUAGCCGCACCGAAAGAGCUCACACUUCGCGCCGCAAAGAAGGGUGAGAAGAGGACAGAGCGAGGAAGUGGGGCUGUGACGCUGUCCAGCAACGACUUCUACAACGUCGAACACCUGCCUGCUCUUCCAGAGCAAAUCCGUUCAAGGCCGACAAUACCCUAUUCCAGCACGAUAUCUCUUGAACACGGAUAUGCGUUGGCAUUGACACACUCCGAAGCAUUGAUCUGGAGCUACAAUUCAUCCGCUACAACCCCUUCAACGAAGGAUCUCUUCUCGUUCAAAUUACCUUUCCCACCCAGCGGACCCACACAGCCUUUGCCUCUGGGCGCAUUCGCAGCAAGAUCCGUUGGCAGCGAGCCAGGAUUGGUGGUUGUCACACCAGACAAGGGCAGAGUUGUAUACUGGGAGACCAUCACAAAUGCCUCCUCUUUUCUGCCUGGUCAACCGUCCACUGGCGUUCAAGGUUCUGUUCCAGGCAUGUUCAGCGGUGAGACUAUCAAGGACAUUAUCAAUGCCGAGCCCGCUGGAUUUAUACUCGUUCUCAGUCAUGGUAGAGUGGCUCAUCUCACUGUUAAGGACCAGCUUGGUAGGCCGGCCAUUGGCGUUCAGUUUCUUCGUAAGAGUGGUGGUGCAAACAGCGGUGGUUUCUUUGGUGGCCUACGAUAUAUUGUUGCUGGUGAUAGAAGAGAAUCUGUCGCUGCUGUUCGCUCAGGUACGGCAACGAAGGGUCAGCGUGAUGUUGUCAUAGUCACGGAGCAGGGUGGGCUUGAACACUGGAGCACGCAUCUCAACAUUGCCGAUUCGCUCCGUUUCGAGGUCAAUUUGAAGGAGGAUUUACUGGGGGCUCUCAUUCACAACUUGCCGGACGACCUGAAGAAUGAUUUCCGUUUCAAGGUCCUCGACUUCGUCUUUGUCGAGAGUCCUGCCAAAAGCUGUGAGCUGGGACAAAUCAAUAGCCAGAUAUCCUACCCAAUCCUGCUUCUGGCAUCUCUAAUGCAUCACAACACAUCCACAUUCUACAUCAUCGAAGCGAACGUGUCAGCACAAUGUUCAGACAUCAUCGUGGUCCACCCGAUCUCCUGCUACAAACCCCAAGCAUCUGACUUGACGAGAUUUCAACCAAGAUUGUGCGUACCCAAGCCUGGCCAAGUCGCUUUCGUGGUUUUCGAGACCGCCAUCGUCAUAUUUUCUCUGGCAAAGGCGAAAGAAUCACCCUCUUCGCAACUUUUAAUGGAGGGACAAAGGCUUCCUGAGCCCUUUCAAGAUUGCAUCAAGUUUCAGAAUGAGACAAUCUAUCGUGUCCUUGGCUUCGUGUCCGAAGACAAGGAGUCGCAGGACAGAAAACCCUCGUGUGUAUUGGCAGUCCAAGGGUUUGGCAUCAUUCGAGUUGCAUCAAUAGCCUCUGCUAUGCGCAGCGAGGAGCCAGAAGAAGUGAAAAUCACCCUCAAAAGUCGAAUAGAGCAAGCAAUAUUCUACGGCACUCUUCGGCAGAAUCCGCUUGAUCUCACGCGCGCAGAAAAGCAGACAUUUUCGAGCGAAGAAAUUGAGGAAGCAGCACUCAGCAUAAGCCACGAGAUACUUAGUUCUUCCUCAAAGUAUGUUCCAAAAGCUUCGCCGUCCCUGGACCAACACCUUAAGCUCCGCGCAAAAGCCUUAGAGGAUCUUGUCCUGCAUCUUCAGAAGUAUUACGGACCUUUGCCGCGACUCCUCAAGUGGAAGCUUCUUUGGGGUGCAGAAAAGCUUGCGGCUGCACAGGCGAUGUGGAAGGUGCAAGAAGACAUUAUGAGGCGAAAGCCGAAGGACAGGAAAGAGACAUAUUGGGAGCAGCUGCUCUUCUUUAUGGCAUCUGAUUAUCGCACCGAAGCUGACGAGAGCAAAGGGGAGACCGACUUGGUCAGACUCUUUUUGACGAAAGACGUAUAUCGUAUUGAGUUCCUGCUUGAUUGGCUUCACGAAGGACACAAAGAGGUCAAGGAAGAUGAUUUCCUUAGCGAGUAUGAGAUGGUCGAGAACAUUCGCGAAUCUAGUGACCUUUGGAUAGCUGGGUUCGAAGCUGCCUACAGGCUGCGCGAGGAUACCGCACCACUAUAUGGCCUGGGAGACGAGAUUUUCGAUCCACAGCAUGGUAUUUUAAAGAGCGGAUACAAGGACCUUCCCGAAGCUUGGACCAUCGUCGAAAGGACGGUCCGUCUGGGAGAAUGUUUAUUGCAAUUGGUGUACGACACAACCCAUGAAUGGUGGGGGUUAUCUAAGACAGGCGGUGCAGGAAAACCCAGCAGAAAGACAGUGAUCCAUAUGGCGCAUGCCAUGCCAAAACAACUCGAUCUGCACCAGCGAAUGUUUGCUGAAAGGCACGCUUGGUUGAUGGAACAAGACCACGAGGAGAACCCGAAGCAUCUUGAUCAAGCAAAAAAGAUGCUGAGAUGGGGUCAGAAAAGUCGUCGAGAUUACUUUUACAAGAUCGCUCGACUUGGUCUUGUCCAAGAAGCCAUUGACCUAGCAGAACACUGGAAGGACAUGAAAGCCCUUGUAGACUUAGAUCUCGAGGCAAGACAGCAACUCAUCGAGCGCACAAAAGAAGGCCCUGAACCGUCAGAACGUGAUGUGAAGAAGUUCGAGCAAGACUUGCAAAGCAUUAAAAACCGAACCGAAGGCUAUUUCGCAAAGUACGGAUCCGCUUGGGCACAAGCCUACUUCAACAAGAUGACUAUAGAUGGAGAGCUGGGCAGUUUACUUGCUGAAGCAGAGACUGACGAGAAGAAACAGCCCCUCCUAACUCGAUUUCUGCGACAAAAUCCAGGAUACCAAAAGAUCAGCUGGAUCAACGAUGUGAUUGGCGAAGAGGAUUUCGGCAACGCCGCGAAGACACUCGAGUCCCUGGCAACGAAGAAAGGGGAUGAUCUGUGGAUCAAGAAAACCGAACUAUGCCUUGCGAAAUUAACCAACAUAGCUGCUGUCGAGACCAACCAAAAGGACCCGAGGAAAGAGGUGAGAAUAUCAACAAAGAAGUUUGAUGAUCGUCUGGCACUACUAGACAUUCAAGCUCGGGUGCAAGCUCACAUGCUACCAUCCAUCGGACCCGUCAUAGAUGAUGCAGGGGCUCGGCAAGUGGCUCUCGAAACAUUCGGAAGACGAGUUGUUGGAGAAAAGAGAUACCCAGCGCUCAAGGCACUCCUAAAUGAUGGCCUUGGGCUGCUGCUUUGUCGCAAGGCCGUCAGUGCCCAGCGACUCGUGGACAUUCUGACCUUGAUGGAUCCUGUAGAAUACCAAGGCCCCGAGGAAAAUGAUCCACAGAUCCUUGGCCACGAAUUUUGGCUAGCUCUAGAGGUUCUGCAACUCGGUGAAAUAGACCCGUCAAUGGUGGAAGGUCUAACUCACAUCAUCUGGCGUCGGGCGAUGAUUCGAGAUGAUUGGGUGUCGCUUAAUGAUACAACAGAAAAGAACGAUGAAAAAGUCACUGCGGAGAUGACGAAAACGAGUCUAUUUAAGACUCUGGUCGCCUGGUUUGAGCAUGUUCAGCAUCAUCGCGGGGAAGCAAGCAAUAUCAAGCUUCUCGGUCCAUCGCAAAUUUUGGAAGCUGAGGUCUUCCCACUUUCGUUGAGGAAGCGGUUCCGGGAGACCGAGAUCGAGCUUGUCCUACGUGACCUUGAGGCAGAGAACGAAGUUUUGAAAAGACAUGUUGAGAAAGGCAGACUAGAGCUCCACUAUGGUGGAUUGUUGAAAAUGGCGCAAGCAACGGUUAGAGCCCAGGCGGACCGAGCUGGUGAUGAAGCUGCAGAGAAGGCCGAAAAAGCGUGA